GAAGCCGAAAGAAGAGCGUAAUACGCCUCUCCGCAAGCUCAACGAAACGGCAUUGCUUUUAUUUCUUUAAUAUCCUGUAUGUGCUUUUUCUCAUAUUCUAAUAUAUAUAUAUAUAUACUUCUCGUUUUGCGUGUCUGACGUGGCUGCGACUGAAGCACCGCUUCCAUCGCGACGUCAACACAUCUUUUCUUUAGUGCGCUCCCCGGGUGUUUUUGGGGGUUUUGUUGCUUUCGAACGGAUUUUUUUGUUUUCCUUUGCUCCUCAACUCCCUGCGUCUACAGCCAGCGUCCCCCAGCCAGCGGCAACGGUUAGCGGUCACAGAAGUACUCCCUGAAGAGCGAGGAGAGGCCAUCGCGGCGACGCACGCCGUUGUGAACGGCUUUCUGUGAGAUAGUGCCUCAACCUCGUUUGUUUUUUUCUUCAAAGGAAAAAAGAAACAGAAAGAACUGCUCUUCUUGUGCUGUGGCUCGUUGUACGGUUAGUGGCCAGAGCUCGAAGUGUGCUGCUGCUUUUUCCUCCUUCCCGUAACUCGUGGGUUACGCGGCGACGCGUGCUUUUCCAAAGACAGACGAGCUGGGCAAAAGGAUUGUAUAGCAAUCCUAUAAGAGCUCUUUUUUUGUUGUUUGCGUUUUGUUCUUCGCGACACGCUGCUCAACCUCAGGUGCAGCGACGACGAACCCAUUGCAUUGAUGGACACCGACAAGGUGGCUCGCCUGCUGAAGCAGUACGGGUAUACGGCGCACUCGAUAAAGCGCGGAGCACUCACACAUGUCGCGAUGCAAAUUUACCUCCGUACGAAACCGUUGCCCGCCGCGGCAGAGGAUGUCGCCGUGCUCGCAAAACACAAGGGAAAGUCGGAGAAGAUUGCAGCCACAACCGCGCAUUACCCGAAGGCAAGCACAGCCUUUCUGACGGGCACUGCCGCCGCGACGAGUUUGCUGUCAAGGCCCAUCAGCACGGAAAAGACGGCAUGACGGCUCCUUGGGUUGCACCAGAGGAGAAGCCUUUCAAGAGCGGUUUCCGCCACGCUUUGCAGCGGCGUGUCAAGGACGUUAAGGUGGCGACAAGGCAGCAGACUUUUGAGCUGCCUUUACAACAGGUCGAUGUCGCCCCCGUGAACCUCGCGGCCGUAGUGCGGCGCAUGAACGCAACCACCAAAAGACGCUUCGACGAGAUCUGGUUCACCGUUGGAACUCCCCCACCUUUGCCGCUGAUGGAGCCUAAGCAAAAACUUUUUGGUGGGGAUGCACAGGCUCUUUUUGACGCUAACAUUUUGGAACUGGCCGACGACACGCCGACAGCGGGAUGGUUCAAACCAUUUACAGUCGUCGAGGAGAAAGAAUCGGGAUGGCGACGUCGCUUCAUUGCGUGGACGGAAGCGAAGAACACCUCUGACUAUUACGAGCCCGAGGUGCCUUUGACGCACAUCUCAAACCACUUGGCGGCCGUCCAUGAGAAGGACGCCGCGACGAUUGACCUCAAGGCCUCCUUUUUUCAGUUGCCGCUCCCUCAGGAGUGGAGGUGUUUGUUUCGGUGUAGGACCGCUGAUGGGCGGCUUGUGCAGAUGACGAGAUUGCCUAUGGGCUAUCGUGUCAGCCCAGAAAUUUUGCACACGGUCACCCGAGUUUUGGCGGGUGAUCCCGAGGUGGUUCAACCACAGUUCGCGUGCGAUGCAGCUUUGCAGCUCACCGUAUGGAUUGAUAACGUACGCGCCGUCGGUGACUCGGAAAGAGUGCGUGCUUGGUUUCACCGCACUUUGCAAAACGCUGCGUCCGUAGGCGCGACUGUGGGAGAAAGUUGUGUGGGAAGUCCUGUGCAUAAUUUUCUGGGUGUCCGUUUUGAUCACGAACACCGCACGGUAUCUAUGGGAGAAAAGUUUCUUCGUCACCGUAAAGAAACACCUCGUUGGUCUGCGAUGACCGUGUUUUCGCUUCUACGCAUCUUGUUUCUUAUGAAGGCAUGA